AUGAGCAAAGUAGGAGGGAAGUUGAUUUUCGCAUUAUGUGUUGGAAUAAUCACAACAGGUACAAUUAAUUCUGUCAUAACAAAGUUUCAGGACAACCAGUGUAUCAGGGACUGCGCCACUGCAUCUCCAUUACUCUUUAACCAACCGUUGAUGCAGACUUUGCAGAUGUUUAUUGCGGAGGCCCUAAUGCUUCCGUUGUUUUAUUUCACAGGGAAGCGUAAACGGAUAUCCUUAGAUGUUGUGCCACGUACUAGCAAUACUUACUUGUUGUCUUUACCGGCAAUAUGUGAUGUUUGUGGGUCCACGCUACUAAACCUUUCAUUGAUUUUGGUUCCAGUGUCUAUAUUUCAGAUGGCGAGAGGCGCGGUGAUUGUAUUCGUCGCUGUGUUUAGUGCGGUGUUUCUAAAUAGGUCUAUAAGCCGUAAAGAAUGGGUAUCUAUGGCAAUAGUUGUGCUGGGAGUGGCUAUUGUAGGACUUAGUGGUAUGGCAGGUUGGGAAUCUAAUCUGCUCAAUGGUAAGUUGGUUUUAGGGAUUUCCUUUGUUCUCGUUGCCCAGGUAUUCUUGGCAACACAAUUGGUUCUCGAAGAGUACUUCGUUUCUCGGCAGCCGAUUAUGCCUAUGGAACUAGUAGGCUACGAAGGCGUAUUCGGCACUAUGAUAACGUCUGCGAUGUUUAUGUUUGGGACUUUAACAUUUGCCCGUGAGAAUACGGCCUCUCCUUUUAACUUCCCUAUGAGUUACAACGACUUGAAAACCAGUAGAGCGCUAAUCUACACCUCCAUAGUGGUUAUGAUUUCAGUCGCCACAUUCAACUUCCUAGGGAUAGCAUUGACGAAGCACGUAAGUGCGACGUCGCGGAGCAUGGUGGAUACAUGCAGGACGAUUGUGGUAUGGUUAGUAUCACUUGUUAUCGGAUGGGAAACGUUUAAAUGGAAACAGCUUUGUGGUUUUACAAUCGUAGUAUUUGGCACCUUGAUGUAUAACAAUGUGAUCGAUAUCCCUGUAAACUGGGAUGGAAAGAAAGACAGUCGCCAGUAUUACGAGCAAAUUGAGGGAUAA